AUAGACCGCGAACGGUUAUUUGAAAAUCAUAAAUCAGACGUUAGGAACGGCUAUCAAAACCAAUACUCUGUAAAUACCCAUCGGCUUUAAUGGACAAGUCAAAUUUAAUGAACUCGUGGUAAGGAUAUGUGGUUUCAUAUUUGAGCAGUGGCAGCGGUUUAUCGAGAAAACCCCAAAGGAAUCGACUGUAUUUAUGUUAAUUAAUUAAUUUAUUGUUCCUCUGGGUCAGAUUAUUAUUUUUGCUCCACACUAAGAAAAUUGGGUGUUUGCGAAGGACUUGACUGAACCAGAAUUGGCAGCGAAAGCUGCUCAGAAAGUCGAAAGACCGAAGUGAUUAGUUAGUAGUAAUCUUUUCUUGGAUUGUUGGAUGCCUUCCGAUUACACUGCUACGUCAAUGAGCAUUUAAAAUUAAUAAUUCAGGAUUCCGUGAUUCGCAGGUAUCUUACCGAAGGAAAAUCGGUUGAAAUUUUCAUGAUGUCCACAAAUGCAGGUGACGCGUCAGUUAGAGCACACACGAAAGCUCUGUUUAGAGCUUUGAUUUAGGGGCCGAAUUAUUUGACAUGCACCAUGCAUGUGCUGGGGCUGUUUGGAGCCGUUGCAUGCGUUUUGAGUGUCCGAGGCCAACAGUUCAAGAUUGUGACGCUCCAUCAACCAGACCAAGCAGCCGAAGUGAAAUACUUUGAAAACGCUUUUCUGAAGGUGAACAAAGAUGAGGAAAUUGCCUUCCUUGAUGUGCUGUUGAAUGAAGAUGAAAGCGGCCACUAUAAGCAGAUUUGCGACGCCCUUUCCACAGGUUUCAGCCUCAUCCUUGACUUUGCCUGGUCCGGAACCGAAGUGGCUCAAGAUCUGACCAGCAACAUGAGCCUGCCGUAUUUGCACGUUGAUGUUUCCGUAGCUCCAUUCUUGGUCCUGUUGGACUCUUAUUUAGAUAGCAGGAAUUCGACGGAUGUUGUGGUGGUUUUCGAUAAGGAGGAAUAUAUCGACCAAUCGCUGUAUUACUGGUUGGACUCGGUGCGACUAAGGCUGGUGAUGGCUGAUGCCUUGAAUCGAUCCACGGCCAGUAAGAUUGAGAGCAUUCGUCCAAUUCCUCAUAGUUUUGCCAUUGUUGCAUCCGCAAAGAACAUGAACAAACUGGUUUCGCAGGCACUGAACGAGGAUCUUAUGUCGCUCUCAGAUCGUUGGAACUUAGUUUUCACCGACUUUGAAACCGGAAUUUUCGACAAGAGCCUGUUCCAAAACCAAACGCCUUCGCUCAUGUACUUGAAGCCGGAGCUUUGCUUGGAUCUUUCCAUUCAGAGCCGUUGUCCGUCCAAUUUCGUCCUCAAUGAGCAGUUUCUCUAUUGGCUGGCCUGGGGCUUAAGCCGGCUGGCCAAAAUGGCUGCAGAGGAAAGUCUGGAGUUUCCGGAAAAGGAGUUUCAGUGUGGAAAAACGACUUUUUCUGAAGACACCAAAGAGCGUCUGGGUGACAUGUUGGAUUCGAUAAUAGCCGAUAAUUCCAAUGUGCUGAGCCUGACUGGGCGGAGCGUGAAAGUUUCUGUCAGAGGAAAUGUGGAGAAGAUGAUUAAUGGGAGUUUUCAGACAAUUGCGCAGUAUACAAACGGAAAACUCACUCCCGAGCCUGGAAAGCAAAUUGACCCCAUUAGGGCUUUUUACAGAAUAGGAAUUACUCAUGCGAUUCCUUGGUCGUUUAAGGUACAGAAUCCGCAAACUGGCGAAUUCUACUGGACAGGAUAUUGCGCCGAUUUCGCGCAGAAAAUUUCGGAAGUCAUGAACUUUGACUAUGUGUUUGUGGAACCGGCAACUGGAACUUUUGGGGAAAAAGUGAAUGGCACUUGGGAUGGUAUAGUGGGAGAUUUGGCCGUUGGGGAAACUGAUAUUGCCAUUACGGCGGUCAUUAUGACGGCCGAUAAGGAAGAAGUCAUCGACUUUGUGGCUCCAUAUUACGAGCAAACAGGAAUAACUAUAGUGAUGAGGAAGCCAGUCCGGAAGACCUCACUGUUCAAAUUCAUGACCGUUCUGAAGCUGGAAGUUUGGCUCAGUAUAGUCGGGGCUCUGAUCGUUACUGGUUUCAUGAUAUGGUUUCUAGACAAAUAUUCCCCAUACAGUGCCAGGAAUAACCGAAAAGCCUAUCCAUAUCCAUGCAGAUGCUGACUUUGCGUUCAUUCACGACUCCAGCGAAAUCAAGUAUGAAAUCAGCAAAAAUUGUAACCUCACUGAAGUUGGGGAAGUUUUUGCUGAAAAACCGUAUGCGGUUGCUGUUCAGCAAGGCAGCCAUUUGCAGGACGACUUAAGUAAAGUGAUAUUGGAUUUGCAAAAAGAUCGAUUUUUCGAGCAACUUCAAGCCAAAUAUUGGAACGAUUCCGCAAAAGGAGACUGCCCAAGUACUGACGACAAUGAAGGAAUAACUUUGGAGAGUUUAGGUGGAGUGUUUAUAGCGACACUUUUCGGUCUCGCUUUAGCCAUGAUCACACUAGCCGGCGAAGUGUUGUAUUAUCGACGCAAAAGGAAAAAAAUUAAGCCCAAAAAGCGGAAGGCAAAGUCCAAGAACUUGCCACUCAAUACGGCUGGAUUGAAACUGUCCAAGUUGGAUGGACAAAGUGUGGACAUGUUCAAUGUGAAUAAGACUGUCACCAUUGGUACCACGUUUAAGCCGGUGAAUUUGAAGGAGAACCUGACUAAAGAGAUGGAAACGGUGCACAUUUCGCACAUUUCCUUGUAUCCUAAGGCCAGGAAUAGGAUUCCUCGAGUUGAAUAGUUGAAUGCGUUUUAUUAUAGUGGUGGUCCAUUUCAACAAGAUUUAGAAAACAGCACACAUGCAUUUGUAGUCAGCUGCACAAGGGCCAAAUCUGUCUACAAAUUAAAACCUCUAAACAUUU